UUGCAUCUGCACGGGUCCUGAAGCUGCAGUCACUCUGUAGGUUCAGUGUGCAGUUCUGGUUGAAUGUCUUUAAAGGACAUCGUGUCUACGUCGCCAAGGAGGAACACUCAGCACCAGGGUUCAAAACGGACAAAACGAUAGGCAGUUUGUCUCAAGGAUGUCACGCCAGCGCACAGGAUCUGUCCUGGGGAGAGACAGGUGCAGCAGAGAAAGGAAUUAAUCCACAAAAGGUUAACCGGAGUAUAGCCUACCGUCACCAACUAGACUUCUAAGAUUCCCAGCGCCCAGCACCCUGUUAUCGGUUCGAGGACUGCAUUUUGAAUUGGAUCGAAGAACAUAAACCGAGGGCAUUAAGCAUACCAGCGCUGGUGCCCCUCCCGGCCGCCAUGGCGACCCUCCACUCGGCUCUCAACGCGCUCCUGUGGAUUCUCCCGCUGGCCAGUGCCUCGUUUCCAGAGGAACCGGGCCCUCUGAUCUCCACCCCUGCUGAGGUGGCCAGGCGUUACCCUGUGUUUUUGGGUCGAGCCCAUCGCUCAUACGUACGCCAGGAGCCUCUGCAUAUCCAGAGUGUCCUCAAAGUGAACCGUACCCUCUACAUCGGCGGCAGAGAUGACCUUUAUAGAGUUGAGCUGGACAACAUUGCAGGGGAUGAAAUGUUCUACAGCAAGAAGAGAACUUGGGAAUCCAACAGGAAUGACAUCCGCAUCUGCCGGAUGAAGGGCAAGCACGAGGAGGAAUGUCGUAAUUAUAUGAAGGUGCUUCUGAGCCAGUAUGGAGGACUGUUUGUAUGCGGGACCAAUGCCUUCAACCCGCUGUGUGCCAACUACACUAGGGACACGCUGGAGCUGGUGGGAGAGCCCAUUAGUGGGAUGGCACGCUGCCCGUAUGACCCCAAACAUGCCAACGUGGCUCUGUUCGCAGAGGGGAACCUCUUCACUGGCACAGUGACAGAUUUUUUGGCCAUCGAUGCGGUGAUCUACCGCAGUCUGGGGGACAGCCCGGCCCUGCGCACCGUCAAGCACGACUCCAAGUGGUUCAGAGAGCCCUAUUUUGUGAGUGCAGUAGAGUGGGGUCCCCACAUCUACUUCUUCUUCAGGGAAAUGGCCAUGGAGUUUAACUACCUGGAGAAGGUGAUGGUGUCGCGGGUGGCUCGUGUGUGUAAGGGGGACCUGGGUGGCUCCCAGCGCGUGCUGGAGAAACAGUGGACGUCUUUCCUCAAGGCGCGGCUCAACUGCUCCAUCCCUGGGGACUCACACUUCUACUUCAACCUGCUGCAGGCCACCAGCCCCAUCCUAAACCUGAACGGACGCGACGUCAUCCUGGGGGUCUUUUCCACCCCCGCCAACAGCAUCCCUGGCUCAGCCGUGUGUGCUUUCGACAUGCAGCAGCUGGCGCGGGUGUUUGAGGGGAGAUUCAAGGAGCAGAAGUCCCCCGAAUCCAUUUGGACACCUGUCCCUGAUGAGCUGGUCCCCAAACCAAGGCCUGGUGGAUGUGCUGUCCAGGGCUCCAGGUUCAGCUCCUCCAACACGUUCCCUGAUGAGGUGCUGACCUUCAUUAAGACCCACCCCCUCAUGGAUGAGGCCAUCCCCCUGUUAGGCCACAGGCCCUGGAUCGUUAAGACCAUGGUCAGGUAUCAGCUCAACACCAUGGUGGUCGACACAGAGGCCGGGCCACACAAAAACCGGACUGUGGUGUUCCUCGGCUCCACAAGGGGAACAGUUCUCAAGUUCUUAAUAGUUCCUAACAAGGACAGUCCUGGGUCCAACGGCAACAUCUUCCUCGAGGAGCUGGAGGGUUAUAACCCAGACAGGUGUGGGGGGGACUCUGUGCAGGCGCGUCAGCCCCUGUCUCUGACCCUGGACCAGUCCAGCCACACGCUCCUCUUGGCCUUCCAGUCCUGCCUGGUGCGGCUACCUGUGGCCCGCUGCCACCUGCACUCCCGCUGCAUGAAAAACUGCAUCGCCUCUAGGGACCCAUAUUGCGGCUGGACCCGAGGAAGCACUUGCUCUCUGCUCCGACCAGGAACACGCUUGCCCUUUGAGCAGGAUGUGGAGACUGGCAACACCACCUAUCUUGGAGACUGCGAUGGUCUCCUGAGGGAGAGUUUCAUGGACGAGCCAGAGAGUCUAGUGACUCUGAACCUGCUGGUGGUGGCCGCAGUGUCAGCCUUCUCCACGGGGGCGGCGCUGUCGGGCCUGGCCGUGUGCUGGAUCAUGGGCCAGAAGCACCGGCAGCGCUCCCGCAGCCGAACGGCCGGCUCUAGCUCCCAGCGCAAGGCCGAGAAGGAACCGCAUGGCAUGCUGGGCCCCAGCGGCGCCGGCUCGGUCAUCAGCGUGUCGCGUCACAGCGUGGGGACGGCCGGCGAGCGGCGCUCUCAGGGCGAGACGCUGUUCGUCAUGCCCAACGGCUGGGUGAAGGCCGGCGACUUGGACCCGGGGCUGCUGCCCACACCUGAGCAGACACCUCUGCAGCAGAAGCGCCCGCCGCCGGGCCUGCGCAUGUCCGAGUCCGGCUCCAGCUGGGACCAGAGCCAGAGCCAGAUCUACCUGAACUCGGUGGGGACGCAGUGUCCUCCUCCGGGCACCGCCAUCUUCCUCAGCUCCAAGCUGCUGCACAGCGCGGGCGGUGGCAGCCGCCGGCUGGACGACUCCACCGACGCCAUGGACCGCCAGACGUCCCGCUACGUCUCCCUGUCCAAGUACCGCGAGCAGAGCCGCCCCGGAGCGCCGCUGCGCAAGUCGGCCCCGGACUACAACUACCCCAUGACACCGCAAGACUCGCCCGACCGCCGCAGGGUGGUGUCGGCCCCCAGCACCCAGGUGGAGUAUGGCGAGCCCCUGCGCUGGACGCACGACGGCUACAUCAUCAGCAGCCACGGCAUGCCACCGCCCUCCGCCAGCCACCACUACCCCGGGCCGCCGCCCCCGCCGGGCCUCACCCGCUCCGUGCUGCACGGCUCCAGGGGCCUGGCCGAGCUGGUGGACUACAGCCACCUCCUCAGCAAAGCGGGCAGCGAGCGCAGCCCAAUGGGCCAGUGAAGGCGGAGGCAGCGCAGCCCUGCCCAGGUCCUCUGGCUUCAUCCAUCUCCAGCUGACUCCCCUGCGGGAUAUCCAGACCGCUCUCUGAGCCACCCUCCCCCCUCCUUCCCUCCCUCCCUCAAUCUGCAUUCCCAUUUCUGCCUGUUGUCCAUUUGGCUCUCGCUGUCGUUGGUUCUGUCAUCCUCUCCGCUGCUCUCUCUCUCUCUCUCUCUCUCUCUCUCUCUGUGCCUGUGCCCUACCUGGCUGGGAGGAGCUGGUUCUGAUGUUCUGAUACUGCAGCACUGCCUAAGACUGAGGACGCCAGGGAGUCGCGCUCCGAAGCAGCUGCCACCACCUCGCAGACAGCCAGCUUGUGCUCACCAGCCACACACGUCAGGGGCCGACACCACGACCGGGGACAGAGCGCAUCCGUCAACAUCCAUCCCAGCGAGCUGGCCUUCCCUCUGUCACCAUAGCUCCACAUCCAUCCACUCAUGUUGGGCACAAAAUGGCAGCUCUGCCCUCAACAGGCGUUUAGGAGAGAUGUAAUGAACGGCACUAGACUAAGGAGUUCAGAGAUGGAGGAGGAAAGUGCCAGGGGACAUUUAUUACUCCUGAAAUACAGCCAAUAAGGAACAACAUAACCGGCAACACCGUCUGAAUGUGAGCACGGAACUAGAACUCUUUUUCUUUUACAAAACUCCAGAAAACUACUGAUUUGUCAGCACACUUUCACCUGCCUGGCAUUCCCAAGUAAUGACACGUACGCUUUUUAAUGGCCAAUGGUCUCCCAGUGGACUCUCCAUGACAGGAGGAACAGGAGAGUCAUGGUUGCUGUCCGCUCACACAGCUCAUUCUGCACAGUCACACUCUCUGGACUCUCAUCUGUGCUGUGUGUGUGUGUGUGUGUGUGUGUGUGUGUGUGUGUGUGUGUGUGUGUGUGUGCAUGUGUGUGUGUGCGUGUGUGUGUGUGUGUAUCUGUUUGGAUGUUUGUGAGUGUGUGUGAAUGUGUGUGUGUGUGUGUGUGUGUGUGUGUGUGUGUGUGUGUCUGUGGAUGUGUGAGAGAAGAUAAGGGACAGAGAGAGAGAGAGUCCACUACUAAACAUGCAGCAAGGACUGCAAAGACUAAAGAGCCCAAAGUGUUUGAUAGUCUCAAGCUGGCAGUGAAAAACUGACUGACAGGUUGCGGUGGAGAGACAAUGAGAUUGGAAGCGGUGAUCUUCAAGAGGGAGUUUUUGUGAAAUAGUGUAUAUUAAGUUUUUAUAUAUAUUAGGUUAGUGAAAAAAUCCAAACGUAUGUUCCUCGCCCAAUAUGUGCUUAAUUAGGUCACAAGAAAGGUAAACAAAAGGUAGAAGAAAGGAACAGAAUUAAGAAAAUGUAUCAUUUAUUUUCAGAUCAGGUUAAGAUCAGGUGAACAGUGUACAGGUGUGGUCAGUUGAUUUGUUUUAGGUGUGCCUGGUUAGAGAAGAAAGUUGCGCCAACAAGUAGGGGGCCAGACUACAGAGUGCUUCACAGAGUAUAUGUUGUAAAAGCAACACAUUACUGAUCAAUAUAAAGUUUUUCUGUUCAAUUCACACCUGUACACACAGACACAUAGUCUCUCUAUCUCUUUCUCUCUCUCACAAUCAUCCUUCCAUUGUUUUUUACCAUUUAAAUUGGACUAAAUAACAGCCAGUGAACCACAUGAUACACAGAUACAUAUCAUCACUUAUUGAUUCAUUUGUGCAUUUUACACUCAGUGGGAAUGAAGAUCUAAAAGGCAUUACUGUAUACUAUUAGAGUUGCCAUCAGUUUGAGAUCUUUAAGUGCUUCUCACCUAUAACACUGUACCACAUCUGCCUCCAUAAGUGUCAAAAUAUACAACUGUAUAUGCAGACUUUAGAACAUAUUUCAUGUCAAUACUGAGCCACUGAAGUUUUGUUGGUAGAAUAAUGCAGUAGAAUAAUAGUGUUAUAAUGAAUCACUCCAUUUGCAAUUCAUAUGAAGCGUUUGGCUUUAGAAUGUGUUUGUUCAUCUUCAGACAUGUCAAUGAAUUGUCUUCAUAUGUGUCUCCUCUUUGUGUGGUCGUGUGGCACGUAAAGGUGACACUUUAAAAUGAGAUGUGUGCGCAGUGGAGGGGAGCAGAUACUGAGGGUGCGCAGUGGAGGGGAGCAGAUACUGAGGGUGCACUGCUCAGCCAUUAUUGCCAACGCAGCCAUCUCCCCGAAGACAACACAUUUGGCCUUCAAUGUGUCUUGUUCGUUCAUCAAGCUGUUGCCUGAAAUGAGAAGCACAAGACUGAACUGUUUAGGGUGCACCGACUGAACUGUUUAGGGUGCACUGACUGCUAGUUUGACAAUUCGGAUUGAGGCUCCUGAUGGUCUUAGCUGCGAGUUGGACUCUCCUCAGCUGUUCUGUGAACGUUGGCCUUCUCUGGAGCCCUUGUGAUGAGUGACUCAUGUAAUUACUGACUUUUUCUCCCUCACUCUCUUUCCCUGUUUUUGUAACAUAUCAUGCAGACUGAAUUCAUCAUGUGCGGACUUGAGUGCUGUGCGGAGCUGCUGUUCAGGGGACUGUGGGGUAGAUUGGGGCUCUGACUCACCUCCUGUGUACAUAGUGUGAAAAUGGGUUGUAAUUCUGGAAUAGGGGCAGCAGACCAUGUUUUACUGCCGCUGUGUAUAACAAAAUGUCUGAAUAUACAGGUGUUUUUUAAUAUAUAUACAGUAUAUCUCACCAACAUGGUACAGACUCAAAUACACAUGAAGUGAAAUGCAUCACAACACAGACACAGACACACACACACACACUCACACUCACACAUUUGACACAUUGAUGAAAAUAGAAGUGUUAUCACUAAUAAAUCCUUGAAUCAUUUCAUUUUUACCUCA